GAGAGAGAGAGAGAGAGAGAUUAGAGAAAAUGGUUUGGAAGAAAGAAUACUUAGAUCUAGUGUUGGUCCCAACUGGUUUGCUAAUCAUGUUUUGCUACCAUCUCUUUCUUCUCUACAGAUGCCUAAGACAUCCAGAAACCACAGUCAUUGGCAAUGAGAACCACUGCAGAAAAGCUUGGGUUGAGAGAAUGUUGCAGGUUGAAGCAAAGGACAGAGGCCUGUCCGUAACAGUAAUCUCCUGCACCAUAACAGCGGCGAAUUUCUUAGCUUCAACCUCUUUAGCAUUGAGCUCUCUGAUUGGAGCAUGGAUUGGGAGCUCUUCACACAACAUCUUCAUGAGUAGCAUUACAUAUGGUGACACAAGUCCUGCCAUAAUUUCUAUCAAAUAUAUUAGCAUUCUGGCCUGCUUCCUCCUUGCUUUGGCUUCCUUUUUACAUUGCAUAAGAAACUUUGUCCAUGCCAAUUUCCUCAUCAGCAUGCCAGACAGUGACAUUCCUUUGGCUCAUGUGGAGAAGGCUGUGAUAAGUGGUGGCUUGUUCUGGACUCUGGGGUUAAGAGCUAUCUACUUUGCCACUACUUUGCUCCUCUGGAUUUUUGGUCCAAUUCCGAUGUUUGUUUGUUCAGUGAUUAUGGUGUUGAUUUUGCACAGGCUUGAUUCAAAUUCCACUCCAUUGCAUCAGUUCCAACCAGCCAAGAGUCAUAAUGUGCUCAGGAAAAUUGGUGAAGAAAACAGCAGAAUAGAAAGGGCUAUUGAGCAACAUCAUGAAAGAUCACACAUGGAUGGAAGCAGAGCUCAAGGUUGAAACCAACAACCAGCAUCAUGUAAAGUACAAACUAAGAGGCAAUAAGUAUAGGAGAAUAUCUUGGGAGUAUAACACUUGAGAGAGAGAGAGAGAGAGAGAGAGAGAGAGAGAGAGAGAGAGAGAGAGAGAGGUCUGGAAAAUCACUUGUUGUGUAUGCUAAUUCCCAUCUAUACAUUUUUUUUAGUAGCAAACUUUGACAUGAUCU